AUGCACGGACAUUUCCGCCCUCUGGAGUCUGCUUACAACAUCCUCGCGGUUGUUAGCAGUCUUCAAUACGAGGCGUCGGAGAUAGUGGGUGCCGUAUUGAGCUUGACUGUCCCAGUUCAGACUCGGCUCUAUAUGCGGCAGGUUCUUGAUCUUUAUACUGGCAUAUAUCCGUACUCCAGUUUUGAGCAGGCCCAGACCGAUAUAUUGCUGCUUACCAAGAAAAUCACUUCAACACCUGAACAGCUACGGAAGUUUGUGGCAUUAUCUCAUAGAAUCCAUGUUCUGGCACAUCUCUGUAUUGAAAGAUGCCUUCAGCGCUGCCUGAGGAGUCCGCUCGGCCAAAGACAAUAUCCCGAGUGGUUCUACUUUCCCACCUGGACCGAGGAGCAACGAAUGAUUCUAUCGUUUUGGCGUUUGUUGUUUUAUAAUAAGCUUCGAAUAGAAGGGCGCAAAGGGCAUCUAGCCUGGCGUUCUAUAGAUCUUGCACAAUUACUGCCACAUCGCUCUUAUCAGCAUUUUACAACGGAUACUGCGCAAUUUCAAGCCAUGACUGUAUGGCGCUUUAUUUGUGAACAAAUAAAUCCAGAAGCCUCCGAAGAGGAGUUCUGGAAGGGAUCCGAACCGCUCAGACUAUUUGAGCUGCCCAAGCCCCCUGAGGGCACAGAAUUCGGUUGGACAUGUCAGCCACCUCCAUCUCUAUGGGCCGUGACUCAAGGCUGGAACCCUGACGACCCGCGGCUCCCUGAACCCAGAUCGUUUGUGACACACCGGCCGAGGCUUCGGGUACUCGGUUCAUAUAGUGACUCCGAGGACGAAGAUCUCUAUCUUUCUAAUGCGUCCGAGGGCGAGGAAUCCCAGAGUGACGAGUCCGAGAGUGACGAGGACGAGAGCGAUGGGGGCGACAGUGAUGGAUCGGAGGGUUGGGUAGGAGUGGAUCGUGUUUUUCGCGUGCCUGAGGACAGACUCAUAAUCGUGGAGAAUCCUCCACGUGACCCGGAGAUCCUAUCCCCAGUGCCUCUCCCUAUUCAAGGGUUUGGGGAAUUUCCAAGCCGACCGGAGUGGCGAACGCUCCAUGGCGAAACACUUGGUGUACAAUUUUGGAGGCGCAUGGAUCAUACUUCUAAUGGCGGUCCGGGUCAAUAUAUAAGGCCAACGGCGUAUCUCAAAUAUGGCUUCGCUAUCUGGGAAGAGCAGAGAAUGAUUGACAUGGGACUAUGGUCCACCGAAGCUCGAGUCGAUGCAUCCGAUCAUCUACGAAGAUGGUAUAGCUUUUUGAGUGAGGAAGAUCUUAAGUUUUACGACUGUAGACGCCGUUAUUAUGAAUUCUCCGCGAAUCGCUGUGACAUCCUUACCAAAGUCAAUGUCGAAAUUAUCUCUCCUCGAGGAAGCCUUGCGCCGCUGCUGUUCAAUGACGCCACGAGGAAUGGAUUCACCAGUGAGAUUGCCGCCUGGCUUGCACUCUCGACCGGGGGUGAAGUUAUCGGGUCGAGUAGCAAUGACUCAGGAACAGUUUUUCUUGACCCUCUCAUAUGGGGUGGGCCUAUUGGCGGCACAAAUGUGUCCUGCCAUCCCCCGUGCACGGUAUCCGGUUACCACUUCUUAUGUGUACCUGGGGAAGACUACUACAACGACCUCGUGGUUCACAACGAGCACCACCACGACAAUGAGGAUCCCCGAAGUAGUGGUACCACGAUUUCGCUCUGGAACUUCCCUAUCGGGCCCAGCGUUACCUCGUCGGUCAUCACCCCAUCUCCCAGUGUGAUUCAAACCGCGUUCAAUAUUACCUGGCCCAGCUUCACUCAGAACACGACAACAUUCCCCACAACGGUGGUGCCUUUCUAUCCGCCCCCAUGGCCAGGCUCCUCAGUCAAUCCGAGUCUGACCUCAACAAGAAGCUCCCCGAGCACCAGCGACGGGGGAGAGGCCACCAAAACUACUACGGGUGGCAGCCAUGCGACUAGUGGUAGCGGUGGAGAUGAUGAUGAUGACGGCGGCCACAAGGACCAUCAUCAUCGCCAUCCUAUCACGCAUCACAUCGGGCCCGCCAAGCCGAAGUGCACAUCCAACCCCAAGCUUUGUGGUGUUUCAUCUCCGAACAACUUCCCCAAUGAUCCCAAUAGUCCCGAUCCCGGCACUCCAGACGAUCCCAACAAUCCUAGCGGCCCUUCCUCUACCAGCUCAGAAUGUUCAACAGCCACCUAUAGCUCUUGCAACACGGCUUGUGUCACAGCUGCCUCUACCAGCUCCUGUACAUCCACGUGUAAAGAUAUCGUUGGCUGUGACACGACGGGCACUUCAACACUGGGCACGUAUACGCUUGCGCCUAUUAUGACUGGAGUCCCUGAGCCAUGGUACGACUAUGCCGACAACGAACCCACUGACGCUGCAGGUGACUGGGCAGCCGGUGCUUCCAUCUACCGAUCUCUAGGGGAAACUGCCGACCCCACGAGCGGAGUAAGCAAGACUACGAUGACGACUACUCAACAGCCGACCACGACCAAGGCCCCGCCCACACCCUCGCCGACCUCGGUGUUCGCUGUCUUUGCCCAGGAGAUCCAGGCCGUGGCCCACGGUGGUGGAGGUUCCCAAAUUGCCUGGGCCUGGCAAGGGAUGCUUCUACCAUAUCCUAAAUGGUACGGAGAGGCGUGUAAUUUCAAAGAGUACAGGGUCGUCGACGGGGGUUUCUUCUCCAAGGGUCAAAAGUACCCAUCCUCACUCGGCACCUUCUCGCUGGGCAGCUAUAAGAACUGCAAAUAUACGGGCUCGAAGGAUAGUGUGGGGGAGGUCAAUUGUGACGGUGGACUGAUGCUGUCCUGUACGGGGAUUGAUAAGUCUCACGCCACGCCAAACUCCCCGUUUGUGGACUGUGAGAAGGUUGAUGACCCCGAAGUAGGGAUCGCGAAGAACCAGCUCUACUUGCAGCUUUAUUGUCCCGUUGUAUGA